AUGGGUAUCCGAUUGCCAGGAAUGGUUCAUGCAAAAGCCCUUCCCCAACGUUCUCUUAUUUCACCUUCUGCACCAACCACUAAUGUUCCCAAGGGACAUUUUGCAGUCUACGUUGGUGAGACCCAAAAGAAGAGGUUCAUUGUUCCAACAUCCUACUUGAACCACCCUUCCUUUCAAGAUUUGUUAGGUCAGGCAGAGGAAGAAUUUGGGUUCAAGCAUCCCAUGGGUGGUCUUACAAUUCCUUGCAAUGAAGAUCGAUUUCUCGACCUUACUUCUCGUUUGAGUGGCUAGUGAUCAUGAGAGGAGAGGAAUGCAGGAGCCUCAAAUCAAUUGAAGAGGUCAAUCAAGAGAUCGAAUUA